CACAGAUGUCGCCAGCAACCAAGUGCACGAAACAGUGUUACGUUCACACACAAAAGCCGCACAGCAAUCCAAGUGAAGGCCAUGCUACCUUGAACAGCUGUCCAAAUGUAAAGAGCCUCAAGAUUCAGAGACAUCAUCCACGACUUUGUUCAGCGUAGAGUCCUCACGUUUUCUCCGCGUUCGACACCGCCGUGAGUGCGUAGACAAUGGCGGGGAAUGAAUUUAAAAUACUCUGCAUUGGCAAGGUAUGCCUUGACGAACUGCUGUACUGCGACAGCUAUCCAGUCGAAGACACAGUUUUAAGAGUCCUUGAUCGGAAGUUGAGUUCAGGAGGCAAUGCUGCCAAUAACUGCAAAGUUUUGGCGGAAUUGGGUGUCAAAAGUGAUUUGUUUGGAACGCUUAACGUUAACUCUACAACUGGGAGCCUUAUUAAAGAAGAACUCGAGUCGUUUGGCGUCAACGUGAAUCAGUGUGAAUUAAUUGAAGGCUGUGAAAUACCAAUAGCGAUAUCCAUCGUUAAUGAAGGAAGUGGAUCGCGAACAUUCCUGUACUACACAGAGGACUGGCCGGAGGUUUCGUACGAAGCUUUUCUAAAAAUAGAUUUGUCACAGUAUUCUUGGAUUCACGUAGAGAUGCGGAAAAAUGACCAGCUGAAGCAAAUAGUACAAAGGAUUACUGAAUGGAAUUCGACACGUGCGGCUUCUGGAAAACACAGUCCAGUUCCGGUGUCUCUGGAAGUAGAGAACAACGAUGAUCGGUGUCUGGAAGUCAUGCCACUUGCUGAUUUCGUCGUCGUCAGCAAAGACUUCGCUAGGGUUCACGGAUACAACUCAAUGCCUGAGGCCCUGGAUGGUCUUUAUGGACGUCUGAAACCUGGGGCGACGCUGGUGGUGCCGUGGGCGGAAGAAGGAGCGGCUGCCCGAGGUCCUGAGGGCGUGUUCUUCUCGCCCGCCUUCCCUCCGGAUCGCGUGGUGGACACGUUGGGGGCGGGGGACACGUUCUGCGCGGGCCUCAUGCUGGCCCUGGCCAGGGGUCGGCCGUUGGAGCAGAGCCUGCGUUUCGCCUGCCAGGUCGCUGGUACCAAAGUCGGUAUGCGUGGCUUCCGAGGUCUCGGCGAUCUGCUCAGGCAGCGAGGCGUUCGGCUCGGGUAGCCGCCAGCUUCGCAGAUUACACGGUUCUGCAGCGUCAGCAUCUUCUUCGUCCAUAUCAUUUCUUGUGUUACAAAAUAAACUUCACUGACUCUAUA